AAUAAUAAUUGCAUUGACUACUGUCUCUAGAACAGUGUUAAAUAAAAGCAUUAAUAACAGGCAUUCUUGUCUAGAUACUUGAAUGGAGUGCUUCUAAUAUUUUAUCAUUAAGCAUGAUAUUGUAGUGGGGGUUUUUGUGGAUGGGGUAGAUGUUAUUUAUUACAUUCUCUUCUGCUUAUUUUAAGAGUUUUCAUUGUGAACAGAAGUUGAUUUUUCUAAUGUGUUUGCUGGAUAUAUUGGUUUGAUGGAUUGCAUAGAUUUUUCUUUAAAUUAAAAAAAUUUAAUUACAGUUGACAUUCAAUAUUGUAUUAGUUUCAGUUUGCUAUCUUGAAAGGAGGAUGUAGAUUUUCUAUUUUAAAUUAUCUUUGGAUUUCCUGGAUUAUUGCUAUGUACUUUUCCUUUUUCAUGUAGGCUUUGUAUUAUUUUGAUAACAAACAAAGUUAUGCUAAUUUCAUAUGAUGAGUUUGGCAGUAUUUUUUUCUUUUUGAAAUAAGUUUUAAUACUCCGUUCUUGAAAGUUAGAAUUCAUCUGUGAAACUGCUGGUGUCUUUUCUGUGAAUUGAUUUGAUUUUAGUUUCUUUUGUGGUGGUAAGUCUUUUUAUCUUUUUUUAAAAAUUGAUUUGAGAGAGACAGAAACAAGAAAUUUGUUGUUUCACUUAUUUAUGCAUUUAUUGGUUGAUUCUUGCAUGUACCUUGACUGGAUGUUGAACUCGCAACCUUAGUAUAUCAGGAUGGUGAUGUCUAACGAACUGAGCUACCAGUCCAGAACUUGACUUUUCAGGGAAAUGUAACUUUUCAAUUAUAUUGGUAUAAGAUACAGGUUUCUCUGACUUUAAAAUAUCUAAUUUGAUUAAUUUGUCCCUCUUUUUUUCAGCACUGCCAGUAACUUGCCUAUGUUAUUAAGAUUUUCAAAUAGUUUGUUUCUUUUAAAAAUAUAUUUUUGUUAAUUUAAGAGAGAGGAAGGGAGAGAGAGAAAAAUAUCAAUGAUGAGAGAGACUCAUUGAUUGGCUGCCUUCAGCAUUACCCUCACCCCCAUUGGGGAUCGAGCCUGCAACCCAGGCAUGUGUCCUGAUGAGAAUCGAACCCUGACUUCCUGGUUCGUGGGUUGACAGCCACACCGUACGGGCUUAAAUAGUUCUUAUUGACCCUUUGUGUUUCUGCUCAUUUGUUACCAAAACCGUCAGUCAUCAAUGGCCCAGUCUGGCAGGACUCCAUCUUGGCGACCUAGUAUUUCUGUCAUUAAGCGUUUUAGUCCUUCAACUUCAUCUUCUCCUGGGUUAAGUUCACCAUCAGUGGAAAAAAUAUCCUUAGGAGCUGUGACUGAUGAAAAUUAAAGGCCAUGGAUGAAGAUGGACUUGAAUUACAACCACAAGGGCCAAACUCAUUUUUUGCUACAACAGGAACUGAUGCUGCACACAUGGAUGGUGAUCAAAUUGUUGUGGAAGUUCAAGAAACUGUUUUUAUUUCAGAUGUUGUGGAUUCAGAUAUAACUGUACAUAACUUUGUUCCUGAUGACCCAGACUCAGUUAUAAUCCAAGAUGUUAUUGAGGAUGUUGUUAUUGAGGAUGUUCAGUGCCCAGAUAUCUUAGAAGAAGCAGAUAUAUCUGAAAAUAUCAUCAUUCCUGAGCUUUAUUCAGAUGUAAUCGAAGAAAUUUCUUUAGCACAUUGCACAGUCCCAGAUGAUGUUUUAGCUUCCGACAUUACUUCAGCCUCAAUGUUUAUGCCAGAACACCUCUUGACAAGUGAAUCUAUACGUGUGUCUGACAUUGGAUAUAUUGAACACAUUGUUCAUGAUAGUAUAGUAGAAGCAGAAAUCGUGACUGAUCCUCUGACAACUGAUGUAGUUGCAGAAGAAGUAUUGGUAGCAGAUUGUGCCUCUGAAGCAGUCUUAGAUGCCAACGGGAUCCCUGUGGACCAGCACCAUGGUGAUAAAAGCAACUGUGAGGACUUCCUUAUGAUUUCCUUGGAUGAUGCUGGCAAAAUAGAACACGGCGGUUCCUCUGGAAUGGCUGAGUCGGAAAUUGAUCCUUGUAAAGUGGAUGGUUCUUGCCCUGAAGUCAUUAAAGUGUACAUUUUUAAAGCUGACCCUGGAGAGGAUGACUUAGGUGGCACCGUAGACAUUGUGGAGAGUGAACCCGAGAAUGACCAUGGAGUUGAACUAAUUGAGCAGAAUAGCAGUAUUCGUGUGCCAAGGGAAAAGAUGGUUUAUAUGACUGUCAAUGACUCUCAGCAAGAAGAUGAAGAUCUGAAUGUUGCUGAAAUUGCUGAUGAAGUGUAUAUGGAAGUGAUUGUAGGCGAAGAGGAUGCCGCCGCAGCCGCCGCCGCGGCCGCCGCACACGAACAGCAAAUCGAUGACAAUGAAAUCAAAACCUUCAUGCCAAUAGCGUGGGCAGCAGCUUACGGUAAUAAUUCUGAUGGAAUUGAAAACCGGAAUGUCACUACAAGUGCCCAAUUACACAUAGAUGAGUCUGUUGGACUUGGCAGACUGUCUAAACAAAAACAAAAGAAAAGGAGAAGACCUGAUUCCAAGCAGUACCAAACAGCAAUUAUAAUUGGCCCUGAUGGACAACCCAUAACUGUCUAUCCUUGCAUGAUUUGUGGGAAAAAGUUUAAGUCCAGAGGUUUUCUGAAAAGGCACAUGAAAAACCACCCCGAACACCUUGCCAAGAAGAAGUACCGCUGUACUGACUGUGAUUACACUACCAACAAGAAGAUCAGUUUACACAACCACCUGGAGAGCCACAAGCUGACCAGCAAGGCCGAGAAGGCCAUCGAAUGCGAUGAAUGCGGGAAGCAUUUCUCUCACGCCGGGGCUCUGUUUACUCACAAAAUGGUGCAUAAGGAAAAAGGAGCCAACAAGAUGUACAAGUGUAAAUUUUGUGAAUAUGAAACAGCCGAACAGGGGCUACUGAACCGCCACCUCUUGGCGGUCCACAGCAAGAACUUCCCUCACAUCUGCGUGGAGUGCGGCAAAGGCUUCCGCCACCCCUCGGAGCUCAAAAAGCACAUGCGCAUCCAUACUGGGGAGAAGCCAUACCAAUGCCAGUACUGUGAAUAUAAGUCUGCAGACUCUUCUAACUUGAAAACGCACAUAAAAACUAAGCAUAGUAAAGAGAUGCCAUUCAAGUGUGACAUUUGCCUCCUGACUUUCUCAGAUACCAAAGAGGUGCAGCAACAUGCUCUUAUUCACCAGGAAAGCAAGACACACCAGUGUUUGCAUUGCGACCACAAGAGUUCCAACUCCAGCGAUUUGAAGCGACACAUCAUUUCGGUUCACACGAAGGACUACCCCCAUAAGUGUGAUAUGUGUGAUAAAGGCUUUCAUAGGCCCUCAGAACUUAAGAAACAUGUCGCUGCCCACAAUGGUAAAAAAAUGCACCAAUGUAGACAUUGUGACUUUAAGAUUGCAGAUCCAUUUGUUCUAAGUCGCCAUAUUCUCUCAGUUCACACAAAAGAUCUUCCAUUUAGGUGUAAGAGAUGUAGAAAGGGAUUUAGGCAACAGAAUGAGCUUAAAAAGCAUAUGAAGACACACAGUAGCAGGAAGGUGUAUCAGUGUGAGUACUGUGAGUAUAGCACUACAGAUGCCUCAGGCUUUAAACGACAUGUUAUUUCCAUUCAUACAAAAGACUACCCUCACCGUUGUGAGUACUGCAAGAAAGGCUUCCGGAGACCUUCGGAGAAGAACCAGCACAUCAUGCGGCAUCACAAAGAAGUGGGCCUGCCCUAAAAAUCCUUCUACAGACGUUUGUGCAGAUGCUGGCCUUGGAGCAGAGAAUUCAUUUUAAAGCCAAUUAGUCUUGUUCCCAUACAAUACUGUAUAUUGAUUUAUUCUGUGUACAAAUAGAAUAUUGCUUGUAGUUGA